AUGAACUUUUUUGAUUUUGAUCAAGCUUCGGGUGCCCAGAAUGUCGCCGACACUGCGCGGGACUUGAACCAAGCUUCUCACAACUUUGACUGCCCGUCUCAUCCUGGACAUGACUGUCUUUGUCAUCACUUCCUGCUGCCGGACCUCGGCGAAGAUCAAUUGGGCAUAGACACGACAGCACCCGACUUUUCUGGUGAUGGUGCUCCGGGAUUCGAUGAUUUCUCAUCGUGGAUCCCCCGAUAUUACAAGCCCGACGAACCUUGUGACUACUGCUCGUCGAGAAAACUCGAGUGCUUUGUCACCCUCGAGGGUCGCAAGGAAUGCUCUUCUUGCCAAAGCCUUUUCCGUCAGUGCAGCUUAGCCAACCAGCAUCACCACCGACCUAGUGGCUUCAUCGAUACGCUUCACGGAGUGGCAGAAGACAGCUGUGAGACCGAGGGCCAAGCGACCGGCCUCCGAGCCCUCCGAUCCUUUCAAGGUCCCGUCCCAGAUAGCCCGGUCGAGAAUACCGACGGCCAAUCUCGCAGAUCGGGAGCCCGGUUCUCGCGACACGCUGUGCGCAUCUUGAAAGACUGGUUGGCCGAACAUCGUGACCGGCCAUAUCCGUCAGACCUGGAAAAGGACGAGCUCAAGCGCUUGACCGGUCUCAAGCGGACUCAAAUCUCCAACUGGCUCGCCAAUGCGCGCCGUCGGGGCAAGGUGCCAUCAUCCAACAACUCUGGAAGCUCGAGCACGAUGAGCUCGCUCAGCGAGGCCAUCGACAUCAACUUCUCUGGGCCAGCCCAUGUCGGUCACCCAUCCUACUCGGAAAUGAAUCCCUUGGAAAGAUGGAAGCACUCGCCUCCUGAAAACGAACCCGCCUCGGUGUCGGCCAUUGCCAACGCCCUUGCCGCCAACGCCCUCCCCGAUCGUCCACCCGAGUCCAUCCGGGGCGACAGCCGCGACUCGAGCACGGGAUCCAGCUUCUCCAUGUUCCGGGCGCCGUCGCUGUGCAGUUUGGAAACCUCCCGCACGCACCGCUCGAGCGAGUCUGAUUUAUCCUUUGGAUCGCUCUUCUCCCACACCUCGCAGCAUUCGUUUGGUUCUCGGGGCAAGGUCGAAAAGGUCGACCGCCGUCGACGUCGACGCACCAACGUUCAAGGAGCGCCCAAGCCGGGCGAGAACCGGCCCUUCCAGUGCACCUUCUGUACCGAUACCUUCAAGAGCAAAUACGACUGGCAAAGGCAUGAGAAAUCGCUCCAUCUCAGUGUGGAAAAGUGGGUGUGUGCUCCACAGGGUGGCCUGGUCAGCACUCCCGAGGGCAUGGCGUGCACUUUUUGCCACGCCUUGAACCCGCCCCAAGGACAUCUCGACAUUCACAACUACCGCUCGUGCGAGGAGAAAUCCAUGUCCGAGCGAACAUUUUAUCGGAAAGAUCACCUACGGCAGCAUCUUCGGCUGAUGCACGAUUGCGAGCUCUUACCGAGCAUGGACACUUGGAAAGCCGCGACGCUGGACAUCAAGUCGCGAUGCGGAUUCUGCAACCAGACCUUCUCGACCUGGUCUGCCCGGACAGACCACCUUGCAACGCACUUUCGAGCGGGUGCCAAAAUGGCCGAGUGGAAAGGCACGUGGGGGUUUGAACCCGCGGUGCUUGCGCUCCUUCAGAACGCCGUCCCUCCUUGUAUGAUUGCCCAGGAAGCACGUUCGCUGGAUCCAUUCUCGGCAUCAACCAAUGCGAAGGGGUCUUACCGGCCCGGGAAAUACAGUAGCGGAACGUCGACGCCACACAUUGAAAACUCGGAGAGCCAAUCCGUCGACACUAGCAACUUGACGUGCUUCCAGAGAGUAGAACUUGCCCUGAGCCGACUUGUCGAGCGGCAAAAAGCAUUGGGCGCCCCCAUCACGGAUGAGAUGCUCCAAAGUCAUGCUCGGAUAACCGUAUAUGAGAAUGACGACAAAUGGAACGCCACCCCUGCCGACCACCCCGAAUGGCUCUAUCACUUUAAGGUGGCGCACGGAUUGAUUGCGGAUGACGGAAAGGGAUAUGGUGGCGGAGGCGGGACGGGCGGCGGUGGAGGGGCACACCGUGUCAGCAACCUCACCCGAGGUUUAUCCAGACAUCCUCCUCCUCCUCCUCCUAUCCAGAAACGAGCCGACUGGAUGAACAUCGACGGGAUACCCAAGGGGAUUGGCGGCGGCCGCGGCGGGGAUUUCAGUCGACGAGCAGCAGCAGGUGCAGGAACUACAGCAAAAGAAGCAUUCCACCCCAUCGCAGUCACCGCCGGAGGCCUAGCGGCGCCAGGCCCAACAACUUCGCUCGACGUAUUUGGCACCAGCGCGCCCUCGCCACACGUGCAAGUCGUACAACAAGACAGCACGUGGCCCACAACCCUAGACCUCGAUCUUGACGCUCAUGACCUCGGACAUGGCCUUGACCUUGGCCUUGGCCUUGGAGCUGGACUCGACACCGGACUACAUACCGGAUUGGAUACGGGACUCGGCUUUGGCACUGGCGCAGGCACUGGCGCAGGUGCAGGUGCAGGCGCAGAUACCGCCCCGUUCGACAUGGACAUGAUUGACGACAUUGACGUCCACAUGCAAGGCGUCGGCCUCGAUUGGACGAGCUGA